UGGCGCGUUCAGAAAUGGCCGCGGGAAAGUAGCGAGCGGCGAGUUGGUGCGGUUUUAUCGGCACAGAUUUGUCAGUUAAAUAUCAGAAACUCCACAAUUUCCUACACCACAAUUAAUCAGUUAAUUAACCAGUGACAUUCUCGAUGCUGUGGUAAAAAUAAAGGAAAUUGAUGUAACUUGUGGUGAUUUAAAUGGGGUGUCAGAGAUGGAAUUAAUCUGGCGCCGUUGAUGUGGAGUUGUGCAGCGGGCACUCAUUGACGGAUUUCUGAUUGUGUGGGAGAGGGAGAGACGGUGGAAAGAAUUUCAUUCAAUUGUUGGUGGUGGCGUUGGGAUUUGAAUUUUUUUUUUUGUGGUUGUUUGUGAUUUUUGGGGGGGUGGGGGGCUUCGUUUGGAACUGUUUUUGGGAAAAAAUGGCCGGUGACAGCGCAAAGAACAAUGAUAUCGGUGGGGGGGAUGAGCAGGGUGCGUCAGCGAGGGGAGAACCGCAUUCCAGAGUGGGCGGCAUUCUGGAAUGCGAUCCACACGGGAACAGGAAUUCAAUCCACAGUGAGGGAACAACUGGGAUCGGAGAGGGUGUCUGUCGGUAUGGGAGUCAUUCCGAUGCCGCUGCUAUGUCUUUCAUUGAGAUUUGCCAGAAUCGAAUGCAAAAUCUAUUUCCUCAAUUGGCACCGCCUCCUCGUUACGCCAGCUGCGAUGAUUCCGUCGAGUUGACAGCCGAAUGCCUAGCAAAGGACGUCAUCAGAUACCUCUUGAAGGAGGACAUGUAUCUGAUAUCAAGAGAUCCGAUAUCUCGCAGUAUGCGCCAUAAUGUGUACCAGAUGCUGAACAAGCACAGCAUUUUAUUCACAAGUAUGGUGAAUCGUCUGAAUGUAGUGCCUGAUACUGCGUACGAGGCAUUCACUGGUGUUGCUGAUGAGCUCUUCCUCCAGGGAGGAAUAACGUGGGCGAGAAUAGUGUGUCUUUACGCCUUCAUGGGAAGACUGGCCCUCUGGGCAAAAGACGGAAGGAUGCACGAGUUGAGGAAGAAAUUGCCAUUGUACGUUUCGAGAUACAUCGGCGAGGAAAUAGCGCAUUUCAUAAAGGGAUACGGAGGCUGGGAACAACUCUGCAUAGAAUAUCCCAUCGCCGAGGAGGUGAGUGGUGCCAUUUGGAGAAGUCUCCUGAUGACUGGAGCAACGUUGAGUCUCGUUGCAACAAUUUUAGCUGUGACCUCUUGAAAAAAAACUCGUAAGAAAACAUUUUUCCCUACAAUCCACUCGAAAAUUGAAGGAAUCACGUACUUAUUAAUCCUGUGAUCGUAUCGUUCGGAAACGUGUGAUAAUAAAUUGACAUCGGUGCACAAAUAAUUUUUUUUAACCACAGAGCAUUUUAUGUUUCUAUGAGGAACAAGAGAGAGGGCUUUUCGUCCAAAUGAGUACAAUAAAACAAAGUUUAUGUAUCCAAUAAAUACUCAAAUGAAUUUAUAAAUUUUCAUUCACGCCAAAUGAUAAUUUCAAAAUUUUUUAACGAAUUUAGGUAGCAUCUCAAAUUGUUUUGUAUUUAUUUUAUAAUUUAUUCUAGGUAGAAAGCUAUGAAUUAAUUUUUCAGCAAUGCGCUUUAAUGUAAGAAUAGCAACAAAUUUUAUACGGAAAUCACUGCAAUUUUAUAAUACGUCAUGUUUACAAUUAUUAUAAACUAGAAACUUAUAUUAUUUUUCAAAUAAAGUUAAACUUCAAAGUUGUGUAACGAAUGUAAAGAGAAUAAAAUUAGGGAAGACCAUGACAGUUUACGAUUUAAUACAUUUUAUUUAAAAAAAAAACAAUUCCCAGUCGAAUGAAGGUGUUUAUCUCGCAGGACAUAUGCUAAUUUCUUAUAAUUCAUGUUAGAAAUUUCGACGAUAAAGUCUAUCAAAUCUAAUUUAAUUUGAUAUACAUUUUACAAGCGUUAUUCCAUAGCAAAUGAUGAAAACAAGGUGGUAUACUUCUCUCCAUUUUUCAGUAAGUCUUGUACAUUGUCUACUCGUCCCUCGGAUUUAUGUGAAAUAUUUACAUGUUUGGCUCUCCACUAUACUCCAUUAAUCGCAAUCAAGUAAGAAUAUACACUUAAAAAUAGAGGGUUCUCUUAAUUAAAUUCACACUGAGAGAACAAUUAUUUUUCACUAGAAUAUUAUUUAGAUAACUGUAGAUAUAUUCCAGAUUGAUGAAAAAUAUUAGGUAGGGGAUUGAUUAUUCUAGGUGUUGGAGACGAACCGUUCGGUCCUCAGUCCAAAAUCAAUUGGCAAAAAAAGGAUUUUCUCGCAUCGAGUACGCAUUUUGUAAAAUCAAAUGCACAAUAACUUCUCAACAUAUGAAAAAUUUGGUAAUUGAUAAAUAAUUAUAUUGGUGAAAUCAUGAGAUUACUUGGGAGAACAUAAUGGAAAAAUAUUGUACUGGUGGGAUCACAACAAAAUGACUCAUCUUUCCCACCAAUACAUUCUCCUACUCUUUAUUUCAUAUCUACAUAUAUCUACAGUGUCAGCAUAACUAAUUGGUUUUCCCAUCUGGGAGUACUCGGAUCGAGUAUUAUCUCUAACAAAUCUAACAAUCUCACACUUUAUUAUUUUUAAUCAGUUUUCGUCUCAAGUACGAUAGAUUUGAGAAAAAUAGAUUUUCUCCCAGUGUACAGAAAACGUGCAAUUUACUCUUAUCUUUAUGAUCCUCGUUCACGAUUUUCCUAUAUUCAAGUGUUGUUACUGUCAUGAACUGUCGGGACUUAAUUCCCCUCGACGUUAUUAUUAACAAAAAAAAAA